GCUCUCAGCAAGGAGAUAUCGGUGCACAAACUUUCUCUCGCUUCAUACUAACAUGAAGCUUUACGGCAUGUUCCUCAUGGCUGGGGCCAUGGUCAGCGCCGUCUCAGCCGGCGCCGGCAAGAUCUGCGAUAUGGAUCCUGUCGUGACUCCUGCUCCAGCGACGCCGGUGACCGACGCCCCGGUCCCGCAGACUGACGAGCCGGCCACACCGGCUACGGUAGCUCCGGUCACUGAAGCUCCCGUGACGCAGGUCGACACUCCUCAACAGCAGGGCAGCGAGGUGGCCGGUGAAGCCAGCGCUAAUGGCUCGGGCGAUGCCACUCAGCAGACUACGCAGCAAUCGACCAUCUCUGGCGGUGAGCAGUCGACGGCCGGCACGGUCUCGAGCUCCUACUCGUACACGGGCGUGAACUGCGGCGGCCCCGGCACAUAUGAGCAGGUGACGGACAUCGCGUCGUGCACCAAGACGCCGGUGACCACGUCCAACCCUGUGUCGCCUCUUGACUCGGGAGUCACUCUUGCUCUUCGUGGUCCCAUGACGAUCUCCGGCAUCGGCGUGUUCAUCAACACCAACGGCACAUGGGCCAAGGUCUCGUCCUACGAGAACGGCGGUGCCGCCACCAACAUGGUGUUCCUUAAUAACGAGAACAUUGAUUACACCGGUGGAGGCUCACCCGAAGGAUUCUGCGAGGCCGACGGCACGGGUGUCGCCAAGCAGUCCACCCCUUUCAGCGGCACGCUAGCUGCGGCCUCAAACCCGGGUGGUGGCUCCAUCGUCGCUUCUGAGGCCACCGGUGCUGAGGUGCACAUCAUGACGGAGAACAAGUGUGGUGUUGACGUCGAGUGCGAGGGCGCGUAUGACAAGGAUGGCACGGCUUAUCAGGGAUGGACUGGCGGCAAGAAGAUCUUCGUCUUCAAGGUGUCUAUGGCGGACGGUGGCGCCCCUAACGUGCCUGCCGCCUGGCUCCUGCCAGACCAGGUGACUCACUCCGGUCAGUACGGCUGCAACUGCCGUGGCAAGGGUCCUGCUGGUGGCUGCGGUGAGCUUGAUAUUGUUGAAGUGCUCGAGAAGGACACGAGCUACGUGGCAACGCACUUCUACUUCUACGAAGGCAAGUACAACCCGGGCAACGACCAAUUCGCCAAGCGCCCCACGGACGGUCCGGCCACCUACGUGACAAUCAUUGACGAGGACUACGGUGUUAAGGUCAUCCAGAUCGGCGCCGACGACUUUGACUUCAGCUGUGGCAGCAUCACCAACGACGUUGUCUCGCAGUGGGAGGCGGCUGAGUAAACCUGUUCAAAGUGUUUUUUUUUUGUCUAUAGCUUGCAAGCAUUUCCCGGCCGAUGGAUAACAGGGAUUUUUGAUCACC